AUGGACCAGUCAUGGGUAUCACAUCAUCCUAUCCACUUCACCGUCACUACCAAGGGAUGGAGGUGGCCGCGCAGAGUUCUCAAGCAUGCCCUGAUCCAUAUUGGAGCACGGAAAAAGCUGUGGCAUGCUCUGAACACCUGCUACGGUUACGGAAAUACCAUGGUAGUUGGGGGAGAUUUUAACACUUCCCUGAUCCCAACUCGACAUGACAGAUUCAAUGAUGUGGAUAUAUUCAAAGAUGUGCUUCGUACUUUUGGCCUCACCUCCUUGCGGGCACACGAUCCGUCACCCAACUUCAUUGGACCCAGAGGGCCCGUCAUUGACUAUGUGUUAAAGAGGCUCAUGGAUCUUUGUUUCUUCAACCUCUUCCCAUGA